CGAGCUGAGCCGAACCACCAGUGGUGGGAGACUGGGAGGGCACGCACGACUCGUCGUGCAAACUGCAAACCACCACCCACCUCGCCCCCACGUUCCCUUUUACGUGCCGCCCUGGCGCGGCGCAGACGUGCGCGUCCUCCUCCUCCCGCUCCCGUCCAGCGCGGUUGCCCAUCGAAGCGGCCAAGAGGCAGCGCGCCAAACCACCUGCGCACGCACCUCGCGGCUCCUUCUGCUCCCUUGUGCAUGAUCACCUUGUCUAAACCAACCAAGCCGCUUUGGCCAUGGUCGCGUCGUCGUCGUCCACAGCAUCAGCACCCUCGCCCUGCAGCUGCAGCCCGGUGACGUCCGGCGCGCACCGCCGCCGCCUCACGGACGCCGCCGCGGCCGUUGACUACUUCGUCGUCCCGUGCGACGACGACAGCGACGACGGCCGCGGUGGCCACGGCGCCGGCGCCGGCGCGGCGCGGGUGAAGGCUCUGUUCUUCGCGCGGAGGGCCAGCGGCGGCAAGCGGGUGCCCGUGGUCGACCAGGCCUGGGUGCGGAACGCGGUGGCGUGCCUGCUCGGCGUCGCCGUCGUCGUCGGCCUCGUCAUGAGCUCGCGCCGCGGCGCCACUACCGGCGCGGAGGGGAGGCUCGUUCGCAGGGUGGACGCCGAGGUGCUGCGGUGGAGGGAGGAGAACCUCACCGCCGUCGCUCGCCGCCCGCCCGACCCGCCGAUGACCCAGAUAUGGAUAAAACCAGAUAGUGAGGGUUACACAAAAUGCAUUGAACGCCCAAAAAAUCGUUACAGAACCAACAGUACAACCACUGGCUAUAUAAUUGCUGAAGCCAAUGGUGGACUUAACCAAAUGAGACUGGGAAUAAGUGAUAUGGUUGCAGUUGCUAAGCUCAUGAAUGCCACCCUAGUAAUCCCUACCCUGGACCAUAAAUCAUUCUGGACUGAUCCAAGUGAUUUCAAAGAUAUAUUUGAUGUGCAACACUUCAAGGAAACUUUAGAAGAUGACAUCAUGAUUGUGGAUUCCUUGCCGCCAGAUUUCAAAAGAUUGAAACCCUAUAUUAGAGCACCCAAAUCCUGGGCCAGGGCUUCUUAUUACAGAGCUUUCACAAGGACACUGAAGAAGGCCAAAGUUGUGAAAUUCACACAUACAGAUUCGCGUAUUGUCAACAAUGGUCUCCCUCCUUCUAUCCAAAGACUCCGAUGCCGUGCAAAUUACGAGGCACUAAGAUACAAUCAAGAAAUUGAAGAGCUAGGUAAUACUCUAGUUGAUAGACUGAGGAAUGGAUCCAACCAUUAUAUCGCACUUCACUUAAGGUAUGAGAAGGACAUGCUCUCAUUCACUGGCUGCAGCCACAACCUAACAUAUCAAGAGGCAGAGGAACUGAGGGAAAUGCGACUCAAGGUGCAGCAUUGGAAAGAGAAGGAAAUCAACAGUAAGGAGAGGCGACUCCAAGGAGGCUGCCCUAUGACUCCUCGUGAAGCAGCUCUUUUCCUGAAAGCUAUGGGUUAUCCUUCCACCACAAAGAUCUACAUUGUAUCAGGUGAAAUAUAUGGUGUACAUAGCAUGGAUGCAUUAAAGGACGAAUAUCCAAAUGUCUAUACACAUUAUAGUCUGGCAACAGCAAAUGAAUUAGAGUCUCUCAAGCUGUACCAAAAUAGAUUAGCUGCUAUAGACUACAAUGUAGCCCUCCAGAGUGAUGUUUUUGUGCAUACAUAUGAUGGAAAUAUGGCUAAAGCAGUUCAGGGACACAGAAGAUAUGAAGGAUUCCGAAAGACCAUUAACCCUGACAGGCACAAGCUUGUUGAGCUCAUUGACAAGCUUGAUGAAGGGACAAUAGAUUGGACAGAGUUUGCAAGUGAAGUGAAGAUGCAUCAUGAAAACAGGAUUGGAGGUCCACGUCAGAGGUUGUCUGGUCGAAGUCCAAGGCAUGAGGAGUAUUUUUAUGCAAAUCCUCUUCCAGGGUGCUUGUGCAAAAGAAACACACAGGAUCAAGUGGCAUGAACUUACUCUACAUAUGAAUAGACAGUUAUCAUACAGUGAGCUUUCCUCUGACUCAUUGACAUACACCAAACAGUGCAAUUCCUGGUAAACUGACAGCAAAAGCACAUGUUAUUUUGCUACACAGAUAAAAUUUAUGUAGUUUUCACAAGGAAUAGGGAGGGAACACUCACUGAAAUGUCCAUGAUUUGUUUAUUCAAGUUUCAAAAUAGAAGAGGCAAAGAUAUUCGAAGAUAUAUGUCGUACCACAGAGUGUAGAAUUAGCAGUUUUGAAGAGUUUUAGUGUAUGUUUGUAUUUAGUCCAUAGUCUUUCUGUACAGCCUUAUAUCUUAACUUUAUUCAUUUUAUUAUGCACAGAUUGGUGCGAAUAAUGUGUAUGCACAAUAAUCAUUAGCUACAUAUCACUCUUUU